GUCUUUCAGACCUGCAACAAAUACCCUACAGCUCAACCAAGUCCACCAAGGAUCAUCACUUAUACCACCAACCCACUUCAUCUCUUACUUGAUACCACUUUAAAUCAUCAACAUGGGUAUCGUCGGUCUUAUUGCUAGCCAUGUCCUCCCUCCCUCGGAGAACUCUCGUCGUUACAACACCAACUCCGGCGGCUGCUGUAACCAUCGCAUUCAGCCAGCCUACCUCGUCCAGCCCCAGCAACAACCCAUGGCCCCAAACAUGGACUACGCAUAUAUGACGACAGGACGCGCUUCGUGUCACCAACGCAAGAUGGAACGUCGCUACCAGAGAAAGAUGCAACGUGUUGAGCGGGACAUGCUCCGCGUCGAGCAGAGAGCGGAGCGAGAUCUGCAGCGUGCCGAGAGACGGGAAGCUGGAGUCAUGCUUGUUAAGUCGGGCAUGCAAAAGAUUGGCAUCACCAAGGGGUCUUCUGGAAAUGUUAAUGUACAUGAGACGAGGGAGGCUGGGGGAUCCUUUGAGAUGAGGGAUAUGUCUUCUGGAGUUAGGGAUACACGUCACGACAACGUCUUUGAGCUGGAUGCUGUGAACCAGCGGCACACUGAGCGGGACGCACCACCUGCGUACCAGGAAGUUGAAAAGAAGUGAGAGUAUGGAGGAGCAGACUGCUUUUAUUAGACACGGGAGUUUGGAGUUUAGCUAUAAAUGAUGAAUAUUAAUGAAAUGAUCUAUAAACCUGCCCAGCUCUUGGUGUUUCAUUCAAUC